CCAGGGGACCGCAGCGCGCGAGCAUUGCCUCCCCUGCACAACCUCACCAAGAUGGCUGCUUUAGGACACACAUUCCCCUUCUAUGCUGGCCCCAAGCCAACCUUCCCAAUGGACACCACUUCGGCCACCAUCAUCAUGAUCUUUCUGACUGCACUGGCCACUUUCAUCGUCAUCCUGCCUGGCAUUCGGGGAAAGACGAGGCUGUUCUGGCUGCUGCGGGUGGUGACCGGCUUAUUCAUCGGGGCUGCGAUCCUGGGGACCCCCGUGCAGCAGCUGAAUGAGACCAUCAAUUACAACGAGGAGUUCACCUGGCGCCUGGGCGAGAACUAUGCUGAGGAGUAUACAAAGGCUAUGGAGAAGGGGCUGCCAGACCCUGUGCUGUACCUAGCCGAGAAGUUCACUCCAAGAAGCCCAUGUGGCCUGUACCGCCAGUACCACCUAGCGGGGCACUACGCCUCGGCCAUGCUGUGGGUGGCAUUCCUCUGCUGGCUGCUGGCCAAUGUGAUGCUCUCCAUGCCUGUGCUGGUAUACGGUGGCUACAUGCUAUUGGCCACGGGCAUCUUCCAGCUGUUGGCUCUGCUCUUCUUCUCCAUGGCCACAUCACUCACCCCGCCAUGUCCCCUGCACCUGGGCGCUUCUGUGCUGCAUACUCACCAUGGGCCAGCCUUCUGGAUCACAUUGACCACAGGAUUGCUAUGUGUGCUGCUGGGCCUGGCUAUGGUGGUGGCCCACAGGAUGCAGCCUCACAGGCUGAAGGCUUUCUUCAACCAGAGUGUUGAUGAAGACCCCAUGCUGGAGUGGAGUCCUGAGGAAGGUGGACUCCUGAGCCCCCGCUACCGGUCCAUGGCCGACAGUCCUGAGCCCCAGGACAUUCCCCUAUCAGAGGCUUCCUCCACCAAGGCAUACUGUAAGGGGGCACACCCCGAAGAUCCUGACUGUGCUCUAUAACAUUCUUCCCCGUGGAGGCCACCUGGACUUCCAGUCUUGCUCCAAACCUCAUUGGAGCCCCAUAAAACCAGCAGAACUGCCCUCAGCGUGGCUGGUACCAGACCCCCAGCACCAAUCUACAGACGGAAUAGAAAAAGGAGGCUGUACAUACUGAUGUUAAAAAACAAAACAAAAGAAAAAGCCCUAAGGGGCUGAAGAGAUGCUGGGCCUGUCCAUAAAGCCUGUUGCCAUGAUAAGGCCAAGCAGGGGCUAUCUCGUCUCUGCACAGCAACCCAGCCUUUCCGUGAUGCCUUGCCUCUUCCAGAUGCUAUUCACUGAAACCUAACUUCACCCCCAUAACACCGGCAGUGUGGGGGUUACAUAUGAUUCUCCUAUGGUUUCCUCUCAUCCCUUGGCACCUCUUGUUUUCCUUUUUCCUGGGUUCCUUUUGUUCUUCCUUUACUUCCUCAGCUUGUGUGGCCUCUUGGUACAAUGAAAGACAGCACUGGAAAGGAGAGGACACCAAACUUCUCAUCCGAGGUCUAACAUUAACCAACUAUGCCACAUUCUCUUUGAGCUUCAGUUUCCAAAUUUGCUAAAUAAGAUUGCAGGACUUGCCAAGAAUCUCGGGAUUUAUGUUUCUAUGCCUUGCUGACACCUGCCUUGGCCCUCAGACACCACCUCACAAGAAGUCAGGUGGGAAGUUAGUGAAUCAACUCCAAAACGCUAUUCCUUCCCACCCCGCUCAGCUGGGCUAGCUGAGUGGCGUCCAGGACGGGGAGUGGGUGACCUGCCUCAUCACUGCCACCUAACGUCCACCUGGGGUGGCUCGGAAAGAUGCUGUCUCUGGUAGGGUCCCUCCGGCCUCACUAGAGGGCACCCCUAUUACUCUGGAGUCUCUAGACGCAGAGAAUCCGGUUUCACAGCACAGCGGAGAGUGUACUACGCUGUCUCCAGUCCAGGGAAGCUCCUGAGGGCGUGCGACCCCGGAGCGGAGAAGUCAUGAAAAUUAGUGGGGAAAAAAAAGUUUUUAAAAAACAAAAGAAAAAACAAGUUUAUUUACAGCUCGCCCCAGGAGACUUUCCCUGGUGCCUGCGGAUGUCGGCCUCGCGCCAGCUGCGCGCAGUGCCCUUCCCGGAGCUCUCCUGCUUCCCCGGCCUGCCAGGUCCCAAGGCGGGGAAGGAGUCCAGAUUGGGUCCCCCUCACAGGUUAGUGGUGAUGAAUUUUAAGUCCGGGAGCGCGGCCUGCUUGUGCAGUGGGUUGCCGAGGAUAAGAGGUGAGCCCCCUUUUGCCUGGCUGCAGUCCUUGGCGCUUUGGUCCAGAAGGGUGCGAAGAGCGCUGGGCCGAACAUAGUGGAGACUCACUACCGCCCCUCCGAGGAAGAGGCACAGGAUGCCUGUGGCGGGGGACGCAAAGAAAGGAGGGCAUGUGGAGUCAGGGCUAUGUUGCCUAGGCUGGUCUCGAACUCCUGGCCUCAAGCGACCUUCCUGCCUUGACCUCCCAAAGUGCCGUCAUUACAGGCUUGAGCCACCAUGCCCGGCCCCUCUUCAAUCUUUUGGAGACUACCCCUUGUGUUACCUCCCCGGGCCCCACACACACCUCUAAUCUGGAUUACAUGAAACACGGCAAGACACCCACCCCUUCUAAGACCCCCUCUUUUCAUCUGUAAAAUGGUCAUAACAGUGCCUGUUUCUGUGAACUAUUGAGAGGGGCAAAUCAGAUAAUAGAUGUGAAUUCAUUCUGUAAACUGGAAAGUGCA